UCGUUGCCGCUCCCGUGUCCCCGCAUGGCGGCCGCUGGGCGCCUCCUCCUGCUUCCACCGCGGACUGUGGGGCUUCCCGGCUGGGCCGGGCUGAGGGCGCCCGGAGCCUGAGGCGGACCAGGCCGCUCCCUUCCUUCCUUCCCCGCCUCCUGCCGCAGGACCGAUGGGGAAGUACUUCCUGACCCUGAGCGUCCUCAAGGGGCCCUGGGACCAAGUCUUCGCCGCCUUCUGGCAGCGCUACCCCAACCCCUACAGCAAACAUGUCCUGACAGAAGACAUCAUUCAUAGAGAGGUGACCGAAGACCAGAAGCUGCUUUCCAGGCGGCUCCUCACCAAAACCAACCGGAUGCCUCGCUGGGCAGAGUGCUUUUUUCCGGCUAACGUUGCCCAUUCUGUCUACAUUCUAGAAGAUUCCAUUGUGGACCCACAGAAUCGAACCAUGACCACCUUCACCUGGAACAUUAAUCAUGCCCGUCUUAUGGUAGUGGAGGAACGGUGUGUUUAUAAAGAGAACCCAGAAAACAGUAACUGGACAGAAGUUACGCGGGAAGCUUGGGUGACCUCCAGUCUGUUUGGGGUCUCUCGUGCUGUCCAGGAGUUUGGUUUGGCUCGGUUCAAAAGCAAUGUGACCAAGAGCACCAAAGGGUUUGAGUAUGUACUGGCCAAGAUGCAAGGCGAAGCACCAUCUAAAACUCUGGUGGAAACUGCCAAGGAGGCAACUGAGAAAGCCAAGGAGACUGCCUUGGCUGCUACUGAGAAAGCAAAGGACUUGGCCAGCAAGGCAGCUACCAAAAAGAAGCAGCAAUAUGUGUGACAAAACAACCCCACCCACACAUCUUCCUGCUCAGGAGAUAGAAUACUGCUUGCACAGUGCAGUAUAGUAAUGCUGGAAGGCUCAUCUGUAACUAAAGCUUCCCUUCCAAGGUAGAGCCAACUAGAGUGUCUCUAGAUUUUAUGUUGGUUUUUUUUUUACUGAAACUGUAUAAAUUGGACAAUCAUCUUAUUUCUAAAAAGGUGUAAUUAUCAUUCAAAGUAUAUAAUAGUUUAGCCCAUUCCUUGGGCCUGUUCCUGCAGUACAUGCUGCUCUUCGAACUGUGACUAAAACAAUAUAAAUCCUCCUGUUUACAUUUACCUCCAUCACAAUAUGGAGGCUUCUGUCUGUAUAUUAAAAUUCUUUUAAUUCUUAAGCAAAACACAGAUACAAUGCAAAUAAUUAAAAUAUUUACUACAAA